AUGUACAAGCGUGACCUGCGCAGGGCGUACCGCCAAAUCUACGUUGACCCUGCCGACUAUCACCUUCUCGGUUUUCAGUGGAAGGGACAUCGCUACGCCGACAUCGUCUACCCCUUCGGAAUACGUACCGGGGCCCUGGUCUGUCAGCGGGUGACAGAUGCUGUGCGUUUUAUCUACGGCACCUUCGGCUAUGCCUGCGUGAACUAUCUAGAUGAUUUGGGCGGCGCAGACACCCCGGACCGCGCACCUGCUGCCUUCGACAGUCUCGGCCACCUGUUCAUUCUGCUGGGCUUACAAGAAGCCGCCGACAAGGCCGUUCCCCCAACCACACGUUUAGUCUUUCUCGGCAGAAUCAUUGACUCUGUACGCAUGACGAUCGAGGUCACCCCGAAACGCCUAACGGCCACGUUGGAGGAAUUACAGCUGUGGAACUCCAAAGUUCCCACCCGCCGCCGUGACGUCGAGUCUCUCCUCGGCAAAUUACAGUUUAUCGCGUCAUGCGUCCGCCCGGGCAGGUUGUUCGUUUCGCGCAUGCUCCUCUUUCUGAAGCAGUUUCCGGACAGACACGCGAGACUACGGAUCAACGACGACUUGGCCUGGUGGCGCACCUUCCUCCCGACGUACAACGGGGUUUCUCUCCUCCCCCAAUCUGGCUGGACAGAGGCGGACGCCGUCUUUAGUUCAGACGCCUACUUAACAGGCUGCGGGGGUUUCAUCAACUCCCCGGGAGAAUACUUCCACACCACUUUUCCCCCAUCGGUCCUGGAGUUGAACCCUUGCAUCAAUGGACUCGAACUCCUCACCAUCUUGGUGUGCGCUCGUUUGUGGGGCAAGUACUGGUCCGGGCUACGCAUCGUGGUGUUGUGUGAUAACGAAGCUUCCGUGACGGUCCUCAACUCCGGGCGUAGCCAUUCCCCCUUCCUCCAGUCAUGUCUCCGCAACCUGUGGCUCUGCGCUGCCACCGGUGUUUAG